AUGGAGCCACAAUCGGCCAUGUCAUGGUCGGAACAACUCCAUGAGAAUACGCUCAUCGCAGCGCCUGGGGAAGAUGAAUUUUCCAACUUCCUUGAGUUCGAUAUGCAUUUCUCCGACUUGGAAGGGCACGGACCAGCACAUUCCCAGAUGCAGGAGCAACAGCAACAAUCAAUGGGACAUCCUCCCACCACGGUACCCUCGACUAUGGCCUCAGACCCGCGAUCAAAUAUAUAUGCGACCUCAAUGGAAGGCCUGGCAAUGGAUUUUGGACACCACUCGGCCCAGUCGCAACCCGCCAUGCCCUACACAAGUACUCCCAGUAUGACCCCAGGCUUCUGCGCCCAGGAUUCCUCCCAUCAGGCCAUGUCACAACAGUCGGGCCACUACAUGCAAGGCCCGCCGAUGAUCCCUCCGACUCCAAACAGUGUCGAAAUGCACGGCAAUGCAGUACGAUACUCGCAGCGGAUUGAUGAUAACCCGGAGAUGUAUGAUCCUCGAUACUCGCGCGUUGAGGACCAGGUAUGUAUCAGAUUUGAUAUAUCUAACCCUUUUCUCUCGGGCCUCUCUUGCUCACCAGGUUGCCAGGCGCUCUACACUCCCCUCAUAUCGCCUGCGAUGACACCACUGGAAACCCAAUUCCAACUGGACAGUUAUGCCGUUCCCGGGGAAUAUAGCAUCACUCCCCUCACCUCACCCGCUCUGGAGGCCCAAUCGCACUCCACGCAUGGAUUUUACCAAUCUAGACGGAUGUCAGAUGUGGGCUUUGUGCCCACCAGCGUCGAGGCCAAUCAACUGCCGGGGACUUCAACCCCGGGCUCACCAAGCAUCAUUCGCAAGACCAAUCGCCGACGCACCUCAACCACUUCUCACCUUUCGGGACGAAGCAAGGUCAAACAGUCGCCCUCCAUACGGGCCCAGACGCAGCGGAGGGGAAGACAGGUUCCUAAUUCGGAGGAGUUUUACAACAGCCUGUCCCAGGAAUUGAAUAAACCGCAGAACAAUGAUGUGCGCUCGCUUCAAGCUAGCAGCACCGAGGGCUCCGGUCAGGACUCAGUUUCGCCUGAACCCUUGUCAGAACCUUUGAUGCUACCCCCGGCGCUACCUCCGUCGCGCAGGUCCCCGGCCAUUGCUCCCCAAGCGACACAGCCUCCCAGUGCCGCGACUCCGGCGACUCUCAUGCGCAUCCAGCGAUCACAACACACCCAUGAUCCAUCGGGUCAGUUUAUGGGACGAGCUCAACUGGAAUAUCAUGACGAGACAAUGGAGGACAUUGCUUUGCCUGAAGCGGUGGAAGCCCCACAGUCGCGUCCUAGGAUGAAUCGCAUUGACACCAGUCUCCGGACCAUGGUCAGUCCAGCCAUCUCUGCAAACUUGACUCCUUCACUGGAAUCCAGGUCGGGACCCCCAAGCGGGACCGUUGCCAUCAGCCCUCGCACGGCCGCAAUGCCAUCUCCCAGCGGGCCGAUCCCGAAGAGGUCAGAUCCAUCCCGGUCUUCCAUAUCCAGUCGGAAACGGCCAAGUGUGUCUUCCACACACGCCAGCCCGCAACUUCGACCAAAAAUUAGCCCUAGUAUCCAGCCGCUGAUGCGGGCCGGUGGUGAAAAUUAUGCGCAAGAUGCGCUCUUGGCUUCCAAGUCGAACUAUCAGCAUAUACUCGACGGGACUUUGCCCUCGGGUGUUUCAUAUCCAGAGACCUUGGCUGAGAAUCUCAGCUCCAAGCGUACCAACCAUAAAUUGGCCGAACAGGGCCGGCGAAACCGCAUCAACAGCGCUCUCAAAGAAAUUGAAGCAUUGGUCCCACCAGACUUUGUCCAGGCCCGACUGGCCAAGGAGGCUGCCUUGACAGGGGUCAAAUCCGGCGACAAGGAGAAGGAUAAAUCGGCCAACCAGGCUAUCAGCAAGGCCAGUGCGGUGGAAAUGGCUAUCGACUAUAUCAAGUCUCUGCAAAAGAGCCUUAAUGACACCACUGCGAAACUGGCCGCGACUGAGGCCAAACUCGCGGGCUUCGCACUCAAAGAUGGGAGCAACACCCCCACCGCAGGCAGCACCGAACAGGUGGCUAGCAAUACAAACGGUCUUGAGUCGGAAGACAAGAAGAGUUCAUGA